ACACACGCAAUCCAUGGUUUUGAAACCCAUUUGCUUAAUAAUUUCUCCCUCCACAUCUUCCCGCCUAUACUUCUCUUCUUAAGAACCCUCAAAACCCAUUUCUCUCACUCCCUCUCUCUCUAACCCUAAUUUGUCUUCGUCUUCGUCUCUCCCUCUCUCAUCUUUCACUGCAGAAUUCAGUUUAUUAGUCCUCGUCGCCAUGAAUCGUAGGACACGCUCUCUUCACCGAUCUUCUCCGAGCCAGGCUGAGCCGUUUCUCAAGUACCUCAAGCCUGGUGCUCUAGCUCAAAUAAGAGACUCGCGAAUCAGUGCUAGAUCGCAUCGCUUUCUCUCAAUUGCUCAGAUCCGUCCAUCUCCUCCUUCGUCGCCGUCGUCGACACCCGUUCAAUCGCCGGUAAUUGCCAUGGAUGGAUUCCCUUGCUUCUCCGGAAGAAUGUUCGGACCUAGAUGUCCUCAGAGGAAGAAGCUUGUUGCUUCUAAGUCGGUUUUGUUUCCAAGUCAAAAUCCGUCUAGCCCCGUUCUUGAUGUGGCUGAUCCGAUAAUCGACGUUUUCAGUAGUAGUGAUAUUGCUGCACAUUGAUUGAACCUGUUGAUUCUGUGAAGUUUUCUUUAUAUAUUUUUCUUUUUUUAUUUCUCUCUUCGAUCCUUGUAGAUUAAUUUCUAUCCGUACUUGAUGUUACUUCUCCAACGCUAAAUGUGGAAAAUUUUCUUUGAUAGAACUAAGAUCAAUAAUAAAAUCAGAGAUUUACCUUACAGAUCUAUUGUGUUGAGAAUUUUUGUUUGUCGGUUACCAGUAAUUUAGUUUCUGCCUUUAAUGAAGGAAAGCUUGAAAUGCUUAUAUUUGA